GGCCGAAGCGCUUCUGGAGAUCAGCGGGCGUGACUAUAUGUCGUCUGUGCCUGGGCUGGACACUGUCAUUGGGCAGCACUUGCACAGCUACAAGGCCAAGGAGAGCAAGGAGUGCAAGGAGACCAAAGAGGACGAGGGCAUUCAAGCAGCCUUGCUUGCAGAUGAAUAUUUUGCCGAAGUUUUGGGCUCCGAGCAGGGGAUCUUGAGUAUGAGCCGGAUCUCCAACGUCAGGGCAGUUGAGAUGAGCCUUUUGUCCGACGCAGGAAAGGUCAUCAGCUUGAUGGGUCGUCAGCAGGCCUCGCUCUUCAUCAUCAAGGCAGUGGCCAAGGCAGUUGCGCAAGACUCUGGGCAGUGGAAAGCGAAUUUGGAGGCAGAGACGAAGGCCCGCGUGGAGGAGGAGAAAAUUGCCAAGCGCGAGCAGGAGAGAAUCGCAAAGGCCGAGGCGCUCAAGCUCAAGAGGGAGCAGACCAAGAGGGACAAAGAGCUUGCCAGCCAGGCAAGGGCGCAAGCCAAGGUGGCCGCCGCCAAAGCAAAAGCCGCCGACGAUGCUCAGGUGGAAGAUGGCGACAGGAGAAAGAGAAGACGGAAGGGAGGCGAAGCCGAUGAUGUGGAAGGACGGCGGCGACGCGUGCCAGGUCUUCAGCAGCUGACAGAGAGCGAUCCGGCAGUGCUACGCAACUUGGCAAAGUUGCCUGCUGUGCACGCAGCGCCUGUCCAGACAAGCGUGGACGCUUUUGCCUUGUCCGCAUUGUGUGGCCGCCCGGUCAUAGCGCGCCUGAAGAAGGGUGCGGUGAAGAAGUUGAUGAGCGCGUGCCCCAAUCGGCUCACCAAGGAGGCGGUGAAUGAAGCCUGUCGCUUCCUGAACAAGGCUGGUGGCUUGGAACUGGAGUUUGCGAUGUCUGACUUCAAGCAGGACGUUCAGGAGAAGCAACGCAGCGCGGGAAAAACCCGUGCUUUGCGGAUGGACGUCCCCGCAGAUGUGCUGGGCAUGGACUUUCACUUCUUGGACGCACUUUGCGCUGCUCAAGAAGAUGACGGCUUCAAGAGCAGCAUGACUGAGCACCACCGCAAGAUUGUCGACGGCUCUUGGGUGUUCAACAGGGAGUGCCUGGACAUCCUGUUGUCCGAGUACAAGGCCAUGAACCCGACUGCAGAGGCUCCAGAUUCGGCAGAAGAAGUUAGUGACGACAAGCCGGUCCCUGCCGACGUGCGCGCGAACUUGUUGAAGGUGGUGGGGGUUGCUUUGGCUUCGUUUUUGGACGGCGCAGUGUACGCAG